AUGAAGGUGACGGGUAACGCGAGCGGUUCAGGUUCAUCACGCGAGGCGCGCAUAGCCUCUCACUCUCACAUCAAAGGUUUGGGUCUGACAGAGGAUGGCACCGCCUUACCGCUCUCCCAAGGUUUCGUCGGUCAAAAAUCAGCUCGAGAAGCUUGCGCAUUGAUUCUCGAUCUGAUCAGAUCCAAAAAGUUUGCCGGAAGAGCUCUGCUAUUGACGGGAGCGCCCGGCACUGGCAAAACGGCACUGGCGCUGGGCAUCGCACACGAACUUGGACAAAAGGUACCUUUUUGCCCAAUGGUCGGCAGCGAGGUGUUCAGCAGCGAAGUCAAAAAGACCGAAGUGCUGAUGGAGAACUUUAGGAGGGCCAUCGGUGAGUUGGAGCUAAAGUGUCACUCGCACGAGCAGAGGCUGGUAUGCUGCAGGUCACGCGCUCGUCCUGUGGAUGCUGAAUGCAGACUCUACCAUGUGCUUGCUCCAGGUCUGCGCGUGCGGGAGACAAAGGAAGUCUACGAAGGCGAAAUCACGGAAUUAACACCGACCGAGGCGGACAAUCCCUUGUCGGGCUACGGAAAGACGAUUUCGCACGUCGUCAUCGGGCUCAAGACUGUCAAGGGUACCAAGCAACUUCGUCUGGAUCCCAGCAUAUACGAGAGCAUCAUGAAAGAGAGGGUGUCGGUGGGCGAUGUAAUCUACAUUGAGGCCAACACCGGAGCUGUCAAGGUGAGAUUGUGGGACUGUCGAGCGUACGUCGAGCUUUGGUUUUAACACGUGUCGUGCCAAUGUCUCAGAGAGUCGGUCGAUCAGACGCUUAUGCGACAGAAUACGAUCUGGAAGCGGAGGAGUACGUCGCUUUGCCAAAGGGGGAGGUGCACAAGCGUAAAGAAGUGGUGCAAGACGUAACGCUGCACGAUCUUGACAUCGCGAAUGCCAAGCCUCAAGGUGGUCAGGAUAUCAUGAGCGUCGUGGGACAAUUGGUCAAGGGAAGAAGAACGGAGAUCACGGACAAGCUCAGGGGAGAGAUUAACAAAGUGGUGGAUGGGUACAUUGAGCGAGGAAUUGCAGAGUUGGUACCGGGUGUGCUCUUCAUCGACGAGGUGAGCAUGCGCCAAGCGUCGAAUCAGUGCGCAUUGUGCUUUCGCGAGCUCGCUAAACUCCUCUCUCUGUAUGUGUGUGUGUGCCUGCAGGUGCACAUGCUGGAUCUCGAGUGCUUCACCUACCUCAACCGAGCGUUGGAGAGCUCCAUCUCGCCGCACGUCAUUUUGGCUACUAAUCGAGGCAAAUGCGUCGUGCGAGGAACGGAGUACGAUGCGGUUUCGGGGGGAGAAGGAAUCGUCUCUCCUCAUGGUAUCCCACUUGACCUCUUGGAUAGGUGUAUGAUCGUCAGGACUUUGCCAUACACCAAGGAAGAGAUCAAAGAGGUGCUCAAACUGAGGGCUAGGAUCGAGAAUCUGAAUCUCAACGAAGACGCCUUAGAUUUGCUCACCGAAGAAGGUGUCAAGAGCUCCUUGCGGUGAGUUGUUGUGCCGAGCUACCUGCCAAUCAACUCCUCCUCCUCCUCACACACCCGUACAAAUGCACACGUGUCCCACUAUGCCCUCGCAACCACAGAUUCGCCCUGCAACUCCUCUCCCCAGCUUCCAUCUUGGCAAAGGUCUCGACGAGGACAGAGAUUGGGGUGGGAGAUGUUCAGGAAGCCAACACGUUGUUCAUCGAUGCGAGGAGGAGCGCGAGGUCAUUGACGAGCGGACAAGGAGGCAAAUUCCUCUGA